AUGGUGACGAGGCGGCGGCCGCUCGAGCCUAGCGGCGGCGGCCGGCGAGAGCUGGGGCGCGGGCCCGGGCCGCCUCUCCCAGAGCGCGGGGCCGGGCGGCGGGCGCGCCCAGGCGGCGGCUGCGAGCGCCCCCCCGCGCCGCGCCCCCGCGCCCCCCGCGCCGCGCCCCCGUGCGCCUGGCUUGCGGGGGGCCGGGCCUGCGGGCGGCCGCCGCGCCGUGCACCCAUGGACGGCCCGGCCAUCAUCACCCAGGUGACCAACCCCAAGGAGGACGAGGGCCGGGCGCCAGGCGCGGGGGAGAAAGCCUCACAGUGCAAUGUCAGCUUAAAGAAGCAGAGGAGCCGCAGCAUCCUCAGCUCCUUCUUCUGCUGCUUCCGUGAUUACAAUGUGGAGGCCCCUCCGCCCAGCAGCCCCAGUGUGCUUCCGCCGCUGGUGGAGGAGAAUGGUGGGCUCCAGAAGCCACCAGCUAAAUACCUCCUUCCAGAGGUGACGGUGCUUGACUAUGGAAAGAAAUGUGUGGUCAUUGAUUUAGAUGAAACAUUGGUGCACAGUUCAUUUAAGCCUAUUAGUAAUGCUGAUUUUAUUGUUCCGGUUGAAAUCGAUGGAACUAUACAUCAGGUAUACGUGCUGAAGCGGCCACAUGUGGACGAGUUCCUCCAGAGGAUGGGGCAGCUCUUUGAGUGUGUGCUCUUUACUGCCAGCUUGGCCAAGUAUGCAGACCCUGUGGCUGACCUCCUAGACCGCUGGGGCGUGUUCCGGGCCCGGCUCUUCAGAGAGUCGUGUGUUUUUCACCGUGGGAACUACGUGAAGGACCUGAGUCGCCUUGGACGGGAGCUAAGCAAAGUGAUCAUCGUUGACAAUUCUCCUGCCUCGUACAUCUUCCAUCCUGAGAAUGCAGUGCCUGUGCAGUCCUGGUUCGAUGACAUGACGGACACAGAGCUGCUGGACCUCAUCCCCUUCUUUGAGGGCCUGAGCCGGGAGGACAACGUGUACAGCAUGCUGCACAGACUCUGCAAUAGGUAGCCCUGGCCUGGGCCUGCAUCGCGCCUGUGCACUCUGGAACUUCUGGCCUCAGGGGACCUGCCUGCCCUCAGCUCCCCAGGAGCCGAACGUGAGAUUCUCCGCGCUCCAGGCCACAGGGUGAUUGUGGCCAUGCCUACCUGUUUUGUUUUUUAGAAACAGAAACAACUAUUUUAAAAAGAACUCUUUUAACAAAUUUCAUAAAGGGACAUGCAUUUUACUGGAUUUGCUUUUCUUAAAACAUACCAAAAAGAAAAAAAAAAUGAAAAAAAAAAAGCUUGAUAUCUAUCAGACUUCCUUCCAACUGUCCUCCCCUACAAGCAGACCAACUGUCCCCUUCUAUUCCAGCUCAGAGCAGCUGACCCAACUCAGAAUCUCUUUCCUACAGGAUGAAGUGCCUUUUGAAUGUUAUUUUAAGCUGAGAGUUAAUUUUUCUACAUAUUUCAAGACAUCUUUUAAUCUUUUAUUGUCUUAGAUACUCUAAGAUGAACACGACAAUUUUCUAGAACCUGGUAGCGUGUGUGUGUGUGUGUGUGUGUGUGUGUGUGUGUGUGUGUGUGUGUGUGGUGGGGGGGGUAGUAAGGGUGUGAGUCACAGGAGCCCGUCUCCUAACAGGUGGGACUUUGCUCUGACGACCUGUGGCAUGCUGCAGGGUCAGGCUCCUGACAGGAGUGUUUUGUGACUGUGUCAUUGUCUCCAUGCAUUUCUGACCCAGUUUGGAAUGUAUCUGCAAUUGUGUGGCUCAACACUUUAGGAAACAAUAGAUUCUUUUAUAUUAUUUCAGAUGGUGACAAAUUUGUCUUGAGGUCACAUUUUCCCCUUGAAAAGUGACAUCAUGUCACUUCUCUCUCACACUACUGCCAUACUUGUGUUUUUUAUUGGUUUUGGUAGAACAGUUAUAAGAAACCCUAAAACCCUUGGAUAUAUUUUUAAGAAUCUGUUUAUUGAGUUUUAAAUCUUUCCUUUCCAAAAGCUGGAUACACAUGGAGCUGUUUGGGAGUUUUCUUUGCUGCUACCGCGCUGCCACCAAAUGGAAUUGACCAGCGGCUGUUACACUGUUCUUUGCCACUGUGCCUAUGAUCAGAAUAUGCUCACUGCUAAGCUGCAAACUUGGACAGGGUCAGAAACAUAGGUGUCCCACCCCAUCGCAGACUGCACCAACUGCAUCCCUUCCCUGGCACUGGCCACCGAAGUGUACAAAGGCAAAAGGACCAAAGCACCACACAGGAGUGGCAUUAAUGUUAAGCUUCAGUCGACAUCAGAUCCUGCUUGACAAGCUGACGGACUGUUCUCUCUUGAGAACAUGUGGCCUCAGUCAGCCACCAAGCUGAUACGGCCCCAGUCCAUCUCUUGGUCUUCUCCUUUGAAGCACAGCCUGUUGCUGAGCCAAGGGUUGGGGAAGCCUGUCUAGAUGUGGGGCUCCUUGCCCCAAACCAGCCAGAGGAGGGGCUCCCUCCUCUGAGCCUGGGCUCUCUCUUUGCAGCCUUUCCCAGUUUGGUGUUUAAGCAGUGCCAUGUUCCUUGUUUGCCAACAAGGCAGUCUGUAAAGUAUUGCUCUUAAAAAUAAUUUAAAAGAACCCUUUUGUGUUGGCACCAUUGCCUUAGUCCUCUGUGGGUUGGUCCUCAGCCAGAGUUCUGGUGGGAGCAACUGGUACUUAACAAAACUAGAGAUGGGGGGGGAGGGAAUCAGAGUAAAAUUUCUUAUUUUUGCUUUCAUUCACAAAGUAUGAAACCAGCUGCCAGUCACGUCCUCCCAGCAGCACUUUGGUCUGUGGACUGCCGUGCAUUCAGAAGGGAAGUAAGUAUUCAGGGGGUAACCAGGUCUCCCAACAUUCUGAGUGUUCUGAACCCAGUAAUCCCCAUGCCAAUUAAAAUAGUAACAGCCCGUUGCUAGGCAUUACCACAGAUAAUGACAGUUACCUGGUAGAUCUGCACAUGCCACAAACCUUUAUUUGGAAAACCAGUCAUUAAAUGAACCCGCUGCCUUAAAUGUCUUGAAUGUUGCAGUCAAGUGUCUGUCGUGCUGAUAUCCACACAGAACCAGGCCCUGAUGACAGCCUUAGACCCUCACCCGUUCCCCCCUCUUUGUUGGCAUCACAGGGCCUUAGUCGGAAGAGGGGGCAGAGAGGAUUGUAAUUCCAAAAUAUUUCAGGGGAAGUGAACCUGGGAAUAGUGCUCCACUUCUGACAGAUGGAGUGAAGACACUUGGCAGGCUUGAGCCAGACACUUCACCUAGUAGUUCCUGAAACUGUGAGCACCAGUGCACUAAUCCAGUGUGGGGCUGUUGGGGACAGAGCCCAGUUCCUGCCACCACAGACACAGAAUGUCUUGGGAGGGCCAGCAAAGCCCUCUGAGGGUUCUGGAAUCUGUGCACCUUAUUUGACUACACUCCAAAAUUCCGUUUUUAUUUUAACCCUUGAAUCUGUUUUAUGUACAUAAUCAAAAUAUCUAUAUCUAUAUAUAUUUUUAAUCAUCUACAUGUAAAUGAAGCAAUAGAAUUCUAACAUAAGGCCAAGAAAUGAGGUGAAUGUUUGGGGUUUAUGUUUUUUAAGGUAAAUACGGGUAUUGUUUUUAAUUAUUACCUUUUAUUAAAUUGUGGGCUUUAAAACCUAAUGAAACCUGUUAGCUACUUCUCUGUGCCAUAUACUUUCCAUGUUACCAAAAUACCCCCAACUCUUUAGCCAAAAGAGAAGUCUGACGUCCUGAGUUUCCUUGGUCCUUUCUGUACCAGGUUAAAAUGUAGUCUGCUGGACAAGUAUUUUUUGUGUUAAGAUCUGGGUCAGGAUGCCUUGGGUUCAUGGACUCCCGCCCACUAUGGUGUUGUGACUUCUCUGGCCAGGCCCCAGGUGGAGGUGCCCAGGCACUCCUGACGUCCUUAAUGCUGUCUUCCAUUUGCUUUGGAAUCUUACGUGUUGGUCUGUGGUUUCACGCCUUAGCUGUUUGUAAACAAUGCAUUUGUAUACUAAAAAGGGACACUGCCUGUCACAGUUGAUGGUUGUUGGGGGGAAGCUCCUUUGACAUGGUGCAAUUUUGAUGAGAUGACUUUGGGGACAUGAGGAUGCCCUAAUGGCACUGACUUGUCAUGGUUGCAGCAUUUGAAUUUUUGAUGUAAAAAAGAAAUCUGUAAGUCUAUAUAUAACCUGGCAACAAUUUACAACCCUGUAUUUUUAAAAAUGGCUUUCUAUUACAAUCCAGAACCACACAGCCCUAUGGUCAAACACUCCUGACGUUUGUGCCUCUGCUUUUAAAGGUGCUGUGCUGGACAGCUGGCAUGCCAGGGUUCAGGAAGAGUGGAUGGCUUAAAGUACUUGCAGUUACCUGUGCAGAAUUGGCUGGCUGCCUCUGUUCCUGUUUUACUGUAAAUUUGAUUGUGUCUGUUCCUGUCCCAUUCUCCCAGGAGCUUCUCUGCAGACUGACACCCCCCAGAUAGUAGAGAUGCUGGUGUCUGGGUAGUCAUGGAUUUGUGUUGGACAUUUGAAUGUGAUAAACAAUCCAGCAUUACUUGGGAAAUGCUACAUGUGGAAUGUGCACGUUUCCAGGGGCAAGUAUUGUCAAUCAAGAGGUUUGCAAUGAUUUCCUUCCUGCCAAAAAUAAACAUGCGAAACUGCA